AUGCCAGCCUCGCUCCGUGCCUUUGCUCUCCUGAGCGUCGUCUACCUCCACGCUGUGUUUGCUGGGAUGGUCGUAAGUUGCCAGGAAGGAAUGCUCUGUGGCAACCAAGGCCGCGCCAAGUGCUACGACCCGCUCAUCGAGGGCUGCUGUGACGGCCUCGUGUACGUUCUGCACGCGUACAACGCAGGCGGUCAGCUCUCGGUGCGCCAGUGCUGCGUGCGGGCCAAGGCGUCGCCGUACGUGGCCUUUCGCUGCAGCGCGCCGUCGGCGACCAACGCUUCGUCGACACUGGAUGUGCCGGGCAUGCUCGUUCCGGCGAGUCUCGUUCGCACGCCGUCGGACAACGGUACGAGCACGAGCAACGUGAGCCAGACAGCGACGCCAAUGACGACGACACUGCCUGUCACGACGACGCCAGUGACGACCAUGCCGCCGACAACAACGAUGCAGGGAACGACGCUGGCGCCUGGCAAUGGUACGACGAUGCCGGCGCCAGGUAACGCGACGACUGGGCCGGGCGGUAGCACAAAGACACCGCCGUCUAAGGCGACAACGGCUCCGCCGUCGACGGCAUCGAGCGUCGGGUCGUCGGCGGUCGCCGUCGUCUGCGUGGUUUUGGCGCGGAGUUUUGCUGCCUGA